CCGGUGCGCGGGAACCCCAGUGCGUCGCCGUCGUCUCGAGCCUCGGACGCGGAGCCCUGGCGGCGGCUCGGAGUCCGGACCGCCGGUGAGAGAGCCCAGUGCCGACCACGACCAGCACGACGACGCCGCCGGACACCGGGGCAGCGUCGGCCCGGCCGGUUCGGUCGCCCCGUCCCGUCGGCCAGCGUCCGGACCGCGGACCGAACCGCGGCUCGAGCCCGCGGCGGGAACAACGAGCGCCGGCAGCCAUGGCUGCCGCCACGACGCGAUCGAUCCCUCGGGCGUGGCCCGCGCCAUGACCAACGAGACCCUGUGCCAGGCGGCCAACGCCAGCGGCGCCGCGGCGCCGCUGGCCGUCUUGCUGUCCCCGACCAACUGCAGCAAGCCCGACAACGGCGACCAGCCCUUCUUCACCAGUCACCCCGAGUUUGUGGUGGAGUUCUCGAAGCUCCUGUACGGCCUGGUGUGCCUGGUGGGCCUGUGCGGCAACUCGCUCGUCCUGUACGUGGUGCUCCGCUUCUCCAAGAUGCAGACGGUGACCAACAUGUACAUCUUCAACCUAGCCCUGGCCGACGAGAUGUUCCUGGUGGGACUGCCCUUCUUCAUCGCCACCAUGGUGUUCAAGUACUGGCCCUUCGGCGCGGCCAUGUGCAAGGUGUACAUGACCACCACGUCCAUCAACCAGUUCACGUCCAGCCUGCUGCUGACGGUGAUGUCGGCGGACCGGUACGUGGCCGUCUGCCACCCGAUCUCGUCGCCGCGCUACCGGACGCCCUUCAUCGCCAAGUUCGUCUGCCUGACGGCCUGGACCGUGUCCGCGCUGCUAAUGGUGCCCGUCUACAUGUACGCCAGCGUGGUGGACGUCGGGCCCAAGUCGUGCACCAUCGUCUGGCCCGAGUCGCCGGCCAUGAACGGCCAGGCGGCCUUCACGCUCUACUCGUUCACCCUGGGCUUCGCCAUCCCGCUGCUGCUCAUCCUGCUCUUCUACGUGCUGGUCAUCCUGCGGCUCAGCCGCGUCGGGCCCCGGUCCCGGCACCGGGCCAAGCACCGCAAGGUCACCUACCUGGUGCUCACGGUCAUCACCGUGUACGUGAUCUGCUGGCUGCCCUACUGGGCGGGCCAGCUGUACAUCAGCUGCGUGGGGCCGUCGCAGACCACGGCCCUCACGGUCACCGUCUUCCUGCUCAGCCAGCUGCUGUCGUACGCCAACUCGGCCGUCAAUCCCAUCCUGUACGCCUUCCUCAGCGACAACUUCAAGAAGUCCUUCGCCAAGGCCUUCACUUGCGCAGCCGCCGCGGCCGCCCACGGCUCGGCACGCAAGGACCUGCCACAGGAGGACAGCCUGUUUCCGAGGUCCUCCGCUGCCCCCGUCAGCAAGGGCACCGACGAGGACGAGGGCAGCCGACGCUCGUCUGACUGCAGCGGUCGCAAGCGACGUCGCCGCAAGCGCCGCCUCUUGGCCGCGGGCGCCUGUUGCAGCGAGCGCCCCACCAGCACGACCACGACCACGCCGGGCAGCACGGUCGCGCAAAUGCUCAACGAGCCGACCGGAGGCCCCGUCGUGCAGCAGGAGGGCGACGGGGAGCACCUCCUGCUGGGACCCCUGCUGGACGUCGGGGGUCCCUCCCAGCAGUGACGGCCCGGGCCCUCUGCAAACAUUGUCCAGGACCCCCAUCCUGGUGUGGCGACCGGAACGCGUCUCUCCGAUUGGUGUGUUCGCCCGAUACGCGGCUCGCACCCGGCCUCAUCCGAUACCCCGUAAAGACGACAAGGCCGGCGCGGUACUUCGAAGACGCUGAGGCUUGACGAAGCGGCAGACGCGUGCAUCCUGGCGUCGCCGUCUGCUAGCAUCGCACUCCUCGUGAGACUCUGCAAGACGUGCUGAUGGCGACGCGGACGCGAGUUGGGCGAUGAGGAUAGACGAGGAAAGGCCUUGUCUUCUUGGUGGUUUGGGUUCACACCGCGUCUUUGUUACUGAAGAAUGGCCUCGUUGCCGGGCAAUGCCGGUGUCCGACGCGAUCCUGGCGGUGGAACAGCAGGUGAAGAUGGACGCGCCAGACGCCCGUUCUCCUGGGGCUCGCUCUGAACGGCUAUACUCGUGUUCAUCCACGAACCUUAGUUAAAGGAGUCCGGCUUCCUGCGGAGCAUUACGGAUUUACUCCUUUAAUCCUAGUGAAUUACGAUAUUUGUGGGAGAAUUUUAGAUUAGCUUGCCGUUAUUUUAUCGAGACGUACACUGUUCAAACGCCAAAAGCUAAGUCUAUUCCUGCGACAACCAAGUCUUAACUGUAAGAACUACUUCGUGCGGUGCAAGAAUAAUGCUUAAAGCUUACUUUUUUCUUUUUUUUUUUUACUUUUUUUAAAUGACGACGAGUAUAGUAAUCGGACGCGCUCCAGGAGUUACCGGUUGUAACCAGGGAUGUCCCGAACCUGCCGAGGUGGGGGUUCGACUGCGUUACACAUUUGCGAACUUUUUAACGCCAUGCGCCAACAUUCAAAAUGAACUAUCGCGGCCUGGCGGGGGAAACGUACAAAUGUUUGUCGGGUACGUUGUUUCGCAUUCACAAACUGACGAAAUCAUUAAUGAAUGUUUAUUUUCAUGUUGUGCAAACAUUGGUGAUUGUAUAGGUAUUUAUUCUCUCAAUUUUUGAAAGAAACCACCGUAUGCAACAUUUUGUUUUAAAAGCUUGAAUAUUUCUGCCGAGUUUUGACAGAAGGUCGAACGUUCGCCGACGCAGUCGGGCAACACUCUUCGCGAGUCGAACUUCGGCAAGUUUUGACAACAGGUACAGGGUUCGCCAACGUAGUCGAAUCCCGAAAUUCGACCAAGUUCGCCACAUCCCUGGUUGUGACGCUGCGACGUCCGCGCAUUCCCCUCUUCUACGCUUCAGCAACCGACCGCAAGGAUCGCGACAACCCGUCGCAUUACGCGGCGGCUUUUGGGGCGUAGUUUGUGGCCAUGUUGGAGACACUCGGGUUCAUCCAGGACUAGACGCGUUCCAGCCACCAUAGUCCCCGAAGGUACGACGGUCGGCCGACUUUGUCCGCAGUGGCCGACGGAAAGAAGGAAAGGCGGCUCGUUGGCAACCCUGUCGAGUUACGAUUCCCUUCGGUGUGGGGACUGUUGCGGUGCAGAUUCUUUCCCUUUACUGGCAGGAAUACUCGCCGUCUGCAUUUACUUUCUACUGUAGCUUAGUUUUAGAUGUUACUGCCACAACCGCAGUCACCUGUCCAGAACUAAACCUACCUCUUGUUUCGGGCGAGAACCUUUGGUGCUAGAAGGUGCGUAAGUGGGGCUUGGGAUAGGUCUUGCAGUCCGAGACUCGGCAUCGCUGGGACAACCAAGGCCGGAACUCAGGCAACGAGUUGGACACGACCAGGAGGGUGGUCCUGUCAUAACCGUAUAGUGCUGUCGCGAAUUCCCAGGCCAGACCUGUGACCGCUCUGGUCUACACCCGAAUCUAGAUGUUAGCUUUUGGGUACCAUCAUUGUAGCGCUAGCUCCUUCAGUGUUGCCUUUAGUGAUGCCUGUCGCGCCGCUGAUUGGUAGCACUCAAGGGUAACUGUAACGAUUGGCAACUGUGUAACUGCACCAGUCGGCUACGCUGGCACGUACCCGCGCCGGUUGGUAACCCCGAAGAGUACCUGCACCACUUGGCAACGCUAAAGCGUAACUGCGCCAGUUGGCAACGGUGAAGCGCAACUAGGCAACGCGGAAGCGUAACUCCGCCUGUUUGUAACGCUGGGAGGAAUCUGCAGUGGUGCGCUUCAGUGCUGCCAACCGGCACGACAGACGACACCGAGCUUACUCGACGCGAGAAACACUCGAACUGCGACUGCCAAGCCCGACUGAUCUAUGACCAAAAUGGCGUCCAGCGAAUCCAGCUCCUCGUUGUAGCUCCUAUCGCGGAGUCACGACAAUCAUCCCUCGAUACAGUUAUACAAGUAACGACAACCAACCCAAAGGACGAACUAGAAUUUCACCCGGACAAAAUGGCGUCUUUCUGAUCGUUCUACUCCUGUCCGCCGCCAUUCUCUGCCCAAAAAACCCCCACGCUGCCCGCCGCUUCGAGGAAAGUCGCCACCUGGAAGCGCGAACAACGUCUUUAUAAACAUAUUUACUCCCUUUCACAUUUAGGCCCGACCACAAUCGGCGCUUCGAUCUGAUGGAGCCAAUCACACAAUGCCCACAGCCGUACCGAAGGGCAUCGUCAUGGCGGAUCUCCUUUCUGCGUUCCUUAUCACCGGCUAAAUCGAUCAGGCACAGUAAAUGCGACGUGAUUCAGCACUUUUUUUUUUUGUCUGUGCGUGAUUGGUUAAGCGUCGCGACGAUGUGUUUUUGGUGUUGCUUGGUUGUCUUCAUCGGGAUGUUGCCGAUGGCCGCGGUCGGGUCACCCAUCGUGGUCCGCGGUGAGGCGUUUUACACCGACACCACGCGGAGAUGAUGCCGAAACAUUUUGAAACUCGCGGUACGUUUUUGUUCGAUGGUCACUCGACAAAAAGCGGGAGACGCGAAAGCGUUACGCGGCCGCCAAAUCCCCGCUACAUCCAUCGGCACGAACCCGUUCCCAUCCGCGAAAAGCGUUACGACCGGAGGCCGGCCACAUGACGCCCUGUCACGUGAACGCCGUGUCAUCCUCCAUCGCCGCAACAGGGUAUCACUUCUCUCCUAUGGACUGCCGGAAGCGAUCGCGUGACCAUAGCAACGUUGGCCAAUGCAAGUCGCGCUGCUGGUGAUCGCUGGCGGCUUGAGAAGCACAGGGCGUGGUCUUGUCGUGGUCGCGCCUUGUGAUUGGUACCUUUGGCGUUGUUAACGUCGAAUGCCGCAAUAUGAUUGGCUGCGGGAACUCGCCCCCCGCUCUGCGUUUCUGAAGCUGCUGGCGACGCUCGUCUCGGCACACACACGAUUGCACAAUUACUGACCAGACCUUGUCGCGUACGGCCGAAGUGCUGCCGCGGAUGUUCUGCCACUCUCCGUGCCAACAUAGAACCGCCAUCCACACGCGUCGCUCCCAGAGGACGCUAAAGCGUUUACGUGUCGGUCGUCUGUAACCCCUGCCUGCCGACUGAAGUCGAACUUCGUCGAAUUUUGCCAAAGGUUCGAAGGUUCGGCGGACCGGUCGAACCUCAAGAUGGACAAAAGGGUUAAAAAUUGGCGGCAUCGCUAAAGUAGACGAGGGAGUAGAUCGUUCCAACGACUCGUAUCGUACCGUCAUCGGGUGUCGUCAUUGGAGCUACAGGUACUACUUUAUACACGAAAACUCUCCGAUGGAGUGUCGGUGUACCAAUCGCAGGGUUGCCAGGUCGUCGCCACACGGGUGUGUUGGUUCUGUGGGCAGAGUUGGCCGACCUGUCCUCGUCGACCGGGCCCUCGGCCGUCGGUGCCAUUCCAGGGCUCGGACCGGCAGCAGACAUUCCGACAAUGACCACCGCAGAGCGCGUGCAUUUACCUCCUCCCCCGACAACCGGUGCCAACCCCCGGGGGGCAGUGCCCGUUUUCAGCCUGUUUGACCACCCGCGUGUGGUGAACAAAUUUGUCCCGGCAUUUGACACGAAGGUUUUUUGGCGACUGAAUAAAAGUUAUACGUCCAGAAUCGCGUGUUGA